AUGUUGGUAGCGUUGAGAAAUGAGGACAAACUCAGAAACAGCGAUGACAUAAAUAGGACUGUGACAGCUGAAAUUCCUGAUGUCAAUGAUGAUCCAGUCUUGCAUGAUUUACUGAAAAAAUGCAUGAUACAUGGUCUUUCUUCCCCUUGCAUGGGAAAUGGCUCAUGUCAAAAGAAAUUCCCUAAGUACUACAGAGAUGAAAUGCUUCUGAAUUUGAAUGGCUAUCCAGAGUACAGAAGAUGCAAUACUGGAGUCACAGUUCAAGUUGGACAUCACUCAGUUGACAAUAGGAACGUUGUGUCGUACAAUGCCUACCUGCUGAAAAAGUACAGAGCUCACAUUAAUGUAGAAAUUUGUUCAUCCGUGAAAAGCAUUAAAUAUCUCUUCAAGUACAUGUACAAGGGACAUGACUGUGCUUCUGUUGAAGUAAGAGACAACCCAGCGGCAUAUCAUGAGCAAAAUCAAGCUCACAAUGAAAUUACUGAUUAUUUUGCUUGCCUAUAUGUUUCUCCUGCAGAAGCUAUGUGGAGACUGUCAGAGUUCAAGCUACAUGAUACAUUUCACGGUGUUUACAGACUUGCACAACAUUUUGAAGAUCAGAAAAGAGUUUACUUUCACAGAGGCAGUGCUCAGCAAGCUGCUCAGGUACAGAGGGACCAUGACACUACUCUUACUGCAUGA